AGCACAGAAUCAAAAAUAUCUGCCUGCCUACCUACCGAUGGCCGCCGCGUUGUAGUUGUAGUGUAACCUAGCCACACGACGCAUCCGCGGUUCAUCGGCCUCGCAGGAAACGAGCGUCGAGCAAAAGGUCGAAUUCUCAACUCUCAAGCACCAGCAGGAAUCGAGCGAGCGAGCGAGCAGUGUCCGCCCCCCAUGGCCAUGGUCGCGUCCACCUCCUUCGCGUACCACAAGCCGCGUUUCGCGGUGGUGUGCAGGAAGAACAGGGACGGCCGGGACAGGGAGCGGGACGGCAAGGAGCACAAGCACCCCUUCAAGGUCGUCGAGAUCACGCCGCCUCCGCGGUGCCUCGGCGUCCGCUGCUUCCCCACCAACAUCCACUGCGGCGAGAGCGUGACGAUCGAGGGGCAGGCGUACACGGUGUCGGCGGUGACGCACCGGUACCAGCUGCGCAAGGGGCGGUACGAGCCGAGCGAGAAGCGCCUCGACGUCCUCUCCACCGGCAGAUACAUCCUCAACCUCUACCUCCAGAACCUGCUCGACCAGUCCUAGCUACCAUAUCUGUAUCUGUACUGUACAUCAGCAUCGCUUCACUCUGUAUAGAUAUACAUACAUAUAUAUGUUAGCUAGUAGCAUCGAACACUUGUCCCGGUGGGUGGCGGACGGAGAUAGUGUUUCCCUGCGUGCUGCUCUGUGUAAACUGAAAAAUGCGAGAUGAGGCAUAAAGUUCAGUGAAAGGUUGCAUACAUUUUCUUGAAGAAAAAAAAA